UGCUAUCUGUCAAUCACAGAAAGUAAUAACUUUUCAUACGAAAUUUUCAUUUUUACAUCGGUCUGGUUUCAAGGUAAAUUGUCUUAAUCUUCUGUAGAUUCGUCAGUAUUCGGUUUCCAAAAUUUGUGGUUAAGUCUCAGCUGUUCCCGAUGUCCCACGAAAUGGCUAAUUUCGUUGACAGCUUCGCUCAUCGACUCUGGCCGCUCCGUCAGUACCAUUGUGUGGUAGCUAAAGCUUCCCUGCUCGGCCUGAUCCUGUUCGGUGGCCUGGAUUAUGGGUACAAGGUUCAUGGCAUGGACCUGCUCUACUGGCGUGGCCAGUUAGCAACGUUUAGUCCACUGUCCAUCCUGUUGUACAUCAUCGCCGCCAAGGUCUCUGUCAUCCUGGCACUGGCGCUAGUGAGCUGCAUUCGCUUGGCGUUGGUAAAAAAAGAGCCCAGGCGCAGGGAGAUGCCCUUUUCGUGUUUGAGAGAACGCUAUAUCCGUUAUGUUCUGAUGCAGCUCUUGGCCGACUUGGACGAAAUGGUCCUGGAGCCGGAGACUAUGGACCUAGCGAACUACUUGCAUCGACACGCAGACUUAAACGAAGCUGUGCGUCGCUUUCGCUAUCGAGCUCGCAGGAUAUACGAGAGGACCGAUCUGCAUUUCCUUGUACCGCAGCACGUAAUCCUGAACGUGGAUGACCAGCAGGAAGCGGAGCUGCUCAGCCUGGGAUACGCCGAUAGGCUAGAGGGGCUCCGGGAGGAGGAUUUCUACCGGAUGGUCUUCGGCAACCUCACCUGAACGGGGAGGAGGGUUGGCAUAUUCUCGAAACUUUUUAAUUGGCUUUCGGCAACAUUUUUCUUGGCUGCCGUCGGUAAUUUUCACUUUGCAAACGUACUAAUUAUUAUGCUGUACACGCAUGUGCGUGGAUUCCCCAAAGUGGCCAAGUGGAGUCGGAGUAGGAGUCGGGAUAUGCCAGCCUCGCCAGCAGCUUGGCUUCCACGUGGCAUUAGAGGGGCUUGUUGUUUCGUUGUCACUAGAAUCAACAAUAAAUUAUUUAUUUUUCUUCUAACUGGGUUUAUUUUAUAAA